GUGAAGAGACAGCCGUGCACAAACAAGGCAGUGGGAGCACGGGCACCACACCCCCGCUGGCUGUCGUCCUGUCUGCUUAUCUGGAGAUGGGAGGCAUCGAUCUCAGGGAUCGGUCGGUGAUUGAGUUGGGAGCUGGAACUGGAUUGCUGGGAAUAGUGGCCACGCUGUUGGGUGCUCGUGUUACCAUCACAGACAGGGAGCCAGCACUGGAAUUCCUGGAGUUGAACGUAUGGGCUAACUUACCUUCUGAACUACACCCAAGGGCUGUGGUGAAGGAACUAACUUGGGGAAAAGACCUAGGCAACUUCCCUCCAGGAGCAUUUGACUUCAUCCUGGGGGCAGACAUCAUUUAUCUCGAAGAAACUUUUGCGGAACUGCUUCAGACAUUGGAGUAUCUGUGCUCAGAGCAAACUGUGAUUCUUCUUUCCUGCCGUAUCCGCUAUGAACGGGAUAACAACUUCUUGAAGAUGCUGAAAGGCCGUUUCUCUGUAAAUGAGGUCCACUAUGAUUACAGUAAGGAUGUUCAUAUUUACAAAGCACAGAGGCACAGUCACAAAGAUGACUUUUGACUGUAUACUUUGUUAAUAAAUUCCUGAUCCUUUUCAAACC